AAAGUAAAGCAGGAAGAAGAGAUGGGAUGCAGCUUCACAGCCCUUCAAAUUUUACUUCCAACGGUCUCAACAAAUUUCCAAACCAGAGGAGAGCAGCUGGCACCAUGGCAAGGCUGGUGCUGCAGCACAAACAACCUUCUCUCUCUCUCCUCCCCCCGUCUUCUCUCUCUGAUUUCCAUGGCACCCGAUCAAUGACCACCUCUUUUCAGUAUAAAAGAAAGGUAUGGCAACCGAAAGGGGGAUUGCGUGUUACAGCUUUGAGUACCAAGAAAAUCCUGAUAAUGGGAGGGACACGGUUUAUCGGUGUGUUUUUGUCACGACUUCUUCUAAAAGAGGGCCAUCAGGUGACUCUUUUCACGAGAGGAAAAGCACCCAUCACCCAACAAUUGUCUGGUGAAUCAGACAUAGAGUAUGCCGAUUUUUCUUCCAAGAUCUUGCAUUUAAAAGGAGAUAGGAAGGACUAUGACUUUGUGAAAGCUAGUCUCUCAGCAGAAGGCUUCGAUGUCGUGUAUGAUAUCAAUGGAAGAGAGGCCGAGGAGGUGGAACCAAUAUUGGAUGCCUUACCGAAGCUUGAACAGUACAUAUACUGCUCUUCCGCUGGUGUUUAUCUCAAAUCUGAUCUUUUACCACAUUUUGAGACGGAUGCAGUUGAUCCAAAGAGCAGGCAUAAGGGAAAGCUUGAGACCGAGAGCUUACUAGAAUCAAGGGAUGUCAAUUAUACUUCAAUAAGACCGGUCUACAUCUAUGGGCCGUUGAACUACAAUCCUGUUGAAGAGUGGUUCUUCCACCGGCUGAAAGCAGGUCGGCCGAUCCCAAUUCCCAACUCAGGAAUACAAAUUUCCCAGCUUGGUCAUGUAAAGGAUUUAGCGACGGCUUUUAUCAAAGUUCUUGGUAAUGAAAAGGCCAGCAAGCAAGUAUUCAACAUCUCUGGAGACAAAUACGUGACGUUUGAUGGAUUAGCAAAGGCGUGCGCGAAGGCUGCUGGAUUCCCUGAACCGGAGAUCAUUCACUAUAACCCAAAGGAGUUUGAUUUUGGCAAAAAGAAGGCAUUUCCCUUCCGAGACCAGCAUUUCUUCGCGUCGGUUGACAAGGCGAAGAGCGUGCUUGGGUGGAAACCAGAGUUCGACCUGGUGGGAGGUCUCGCGGACUCCUACAACCUCGACUUUGGCAGGGGAACAUUCAGGAAAGAGGCUGAUUUCUUCACGGACGACAUGAUUCUUGGAAAGAGCCUUGUUCUCACCUAGUUUAUUUAUUUCUCCGAAUUUUUCCUCUCUUUUCCUUCAAGCUUCAUUCUGGAAUGGGAAUUUUUCUGGUGGACAAAAGAACACAACUAUGCUUCAUAGAAUUUCCCAUCUGGUUUAGCAGAGAA